CUGGUGCGCUGGCUGGACGCGCAGAUUGCCAAGGACCUGGCCGUUUCGGUUACAGCGGUCCAGACGCAGGCGCGGGGGCUGGUGGACACGUUGAAGGUGGAGGUGGACGGUUUCGUCGUGUCAGACGCGUGGGUGGACACUUUUGUGCGACACAAUAUUCUCAACUGUCCAUUUGGACUGUCCGACUCGGAGCCGACGACGGACGGAGAGGACGACAAGGUGCACGCACGCGUCGCUGCUAAGAAGACGGUAAAGAGCGUGAGGACGCACGCAGACACUGAAGCAGGGUCGAAGGCGGGCAAGACGAGUCGCAGAGUGGUCAAGCCCCUGGCGUCAAAGACGGACUCGCGCAGGCCCGCGCCGACAAAGGUGACGUGUCCACCGGCGGGAAAGCGGAAGCGCGAGAGC